CGGCGGUCUUGUUCCCAUGGACAGACAGCCUCAGAGUGAAUAAGUCCGCCAGUCAGCCAGCCAGCCAGCCAGUCAGCUGCUGAACAUAUGGAACUUCCUCGCCCGGAUGCUCGAGCUUAAGAAGACUCUGAGCUCGGGUGUGGAAGGUUCGCAGCGGGACGGCAGAGAGCCGCUGUGGGUCUCGCAGUCGGAGAGCAGGAGCCGUCUGUCAGGUGGAGUGCCUAGAGCUGCAUCGAGAAGCGGAGGCCCGGCUCGACAAUGGGGAACCAAGUAGCGAGGCAUAAGGCAGUGGCCGCGGAGAAGCAGAGGUUGCAGGAGCUGCAGCAGAGCGGCGGGCUGGAUUUUCCGGGCUCGGAUUUCCGGGCCGCAGGGGCGGCGCAGCGCAAGGAAUGGAUGGGCAGCUUGGACUUGGACAGAGUGCACGUGAAGGACGUGAUGUGGCCGGGAACUCACGACUCGGCGACGAACAAGAUCGGCAUUCCGGGCAUCAGUCGGCCAUUCGCGCAGUGCCAGACGCUGUCGGUGUACGAGCAGCUGUGCCUGGGAGUGCGAGUGCUGGACAUUCGAGUGGAGGGCAGCGGGCGAGUGUGCCACGGAGUGCUGACCACGUACAAAGUGGACGUGGUGAUCGACGACGUGAAGCGCUUCAUGGCCGAGACAAAGCAGGAGUUCGUUAUCCUCGAGAUCCGGACGGAGUUCCAGAAAGUCGAUCCGCCGGACUUCGAAAAAUUCCUCAUCGCGCAAUUCGGCGACCUCUUGGUGCCUCAGGACGCGAACAUCGUCGACCGCUCGCUCCGCGAGCUCCUGCCUCACCGCGUCCUGUGCAUCUGGAGGCCAAGAAACUCUCCCGCUCCGUCCCCGGGCAGCCCGCUCUUCAGCUCCGGGUUCUUGAAAGACAACUGGAUCGACACGGACCUGCCCGCCACCAAGUUCGAUAGCAACCUCGAGAAUCUGCGCAAGCAGCAGCCCAACUCCGUCCGCAGAUUCUUCUACCGCGUCGAGAACACAGUCACCCCUCAGGUCUCCAGCGUCGUGCUGUGCGUCUACCCGGUAACCACUCGAAUCAAACCGUUCGCUCGACUGUUCGUGUCGCAAGUUUUCAAGCAAGGCCUCCUCGACAAUCUGCAGAUCUUCUCCACCGAUUUUGUCGAGGAAGACUUCGUUGACAUUUGCAUUGGAGUAACGAUGGCCAGGUCGACAGAUGUGAGGAAGGUCCAGGCCCAGCUAACCGUCCUGUACUCAGUUGCGAAUGAAAUGCUUCUCCACCUGUAAGUAGAAUGGCAUCUAGACAUGUGUUCGAUGCUCGACAUAUCGAUGGAAGAUGACAUGUGGAAACUUAUCAACGAAUGCUACUUUCGCUCGGUCUGAUGUUGGACUGUCGACAAAUGUGCCAUUUAGGACGAGUCCCUGCUCGUAGCGAUCUGUAGCGGACCUCUUUUGGUCUCCGUCCUAGUCUUUCCUAAAAUGGCGUUUGUCCUCGUGCGCACAUCACACUUCUCAUUAAGUUUUCAGCCAUCAGACAAGACAAGAGAUGGGCUCACAUCUUGCAAAGUCAACAGCUUUUGUUUGGCCAGAAGCGAGUACGGUACCUUGAUUCUGGUCAAAUCCGGACAGAAUAUGGGCGUCGAGGAAGAUUAGGUGGGAGGUACAAAAUGAGGACUUUUAAUGGACCUAAUGAUUGGCUGGAUCAUACAGAAGUACCAAAACAACGUUUGAAGCAAAGUACAGAGUCCGGCCUUCCAUGCCUGUGAACUGUGCCUAUCGAUGAUGGAUCCUUCAACAUCUAGAUUUUGUGCCGCGUCUACUGCCAGAUUUCUCUCACUUGCCCUGAUUGUGGCAUCGUCGUCAAGUAACUUCCCUGGCUCUUGAAGCGCUUUCAAACGUGUCACCUCCGUCAUGCAACCCUUGCCUACUUCGCCUUGGACUUUGUCCCACGCUAGCUUCUCGUACAACAUCAUCUGAACCUGCACACUCCACCGGACAGAAACAGAGGGCUGCUCUCUAAGUCAAUAUGGACAUCUAAAUAUUCAGAAGAGCCUGUAUAGAGCACCAAAAGUCAGCAGAGAAUCAUUGAUCUCACUAUCCCCUACGCAUAUGAACUAAUAUGGGCGUUCAGAAAGCAAUUUACAAAUACGGAGUACACAAAUUGCGAGAGAUUUG